UGCCGACAACGAAAUUGUCUGGCUUCACGUCUCGAUGGAUGUAACCCAAUUCAUGGAGAUUCUUCAAAGCAAGAUGUGUCUGACAGGCAAUUUUUAGUCUUUGCAAUGUGUCGUCUUCAACAUCGUAUUCCGUCUUCAUAGCAAGUAGACCAUUGUCGCGUUCACGAGUCACCUCGUAGACAUCCCCGAAACCUCCAGCUCCAAGCUUUUUUAUGACAACGUAUCUAAGAAUUAAAAGAAUUGAUGUACUAUUUGAUCUAGUUGUUAUGAUGGUAUUAGUUGGGAGAGUAGGCCUUUCAUCUGGAUUGUCCACUUCCAUGUUCGGAAAGAAUCCUUUCGCACUGAUCUCCUGCAUUUCAUUGAAGAACGGGUCCUAUAAAAUGGUGAAUUAUUCUUUUGCUCGUACGACAGCAUUCUUGACUACAUUCAUUCUGCUUCUGAUCAAUUCCUCUCCUGUUCCAGCAUUUUGCCCAGAGUCAGAACCUCACACACCCUCGGCAAAGUCGGUAAUCCUCUUUCUUCUACGAGCUAGUGCCUAUAGCUAG